AACGCGGCCUUAAAUCUCCGCAAUAAAUGCUGUUAUUGCGGUGCACCUGCUCCGCCCGCACCGUAUCAUUGCCAAAGCCCUAAUUAUACCAACCAACCUAGACAGCGUUGGCUGAGCAGACAGACGGUUAUAUUCAGGAAGCUGUUUGUAGCAGCGCCUAAGAUUCGCCGCCGCGGAGUUCUCGAGGGGAGGAAGGAGAGACGAACGCCGAGCUCCGACGCGCCGCCGUGCAAUGCCAAUCUUCAGCACUCUCUACGUCGCGCAUUCGACGCCGACGCCGACUCCGACUCCAGGCGCACUGUAUGUUCGCAGCCUUGCAGAUUCGUGUUUUGCACCUACGUCGAUUUCGUUGCCCGCCGCUCCGAAGCCUUCGGUUUUGUCGAUCUCGGCGAAUCAUGCGCACCAGCGUUCUUUAUUUAUAGCAUUCUCCGCCAAUACUGCCGCCAGCGACACGGAAAUUGAGGCUAAAUUUUCCGGCGGCGGAGGAGACGAAGGGAGUAAUAAUGGUCGCGGCGGAGGUGGAGGCGGGGACAAUAGCGGCGGGGGUGAUGGGGACGAGGAUAAGAACAAAAAGAGGAACAAGGAGGAAGCUCUAAUUGCUUUGACGGAGGCUGGGAGGAGCCUCGAGAGCUUGCCUAAUGAUUUGAAAGCCGCCAUAGAGGAUGGAAGGAUACCUGGAUCGAUUGUUUUGAGGUACUUCGAUCUGGAAAAAUCAGGAUUUCUUUCGUGGCUGAUGAGGUUUGGGGGAUUCAAGGAGAGGCUGCUGGCGGAUGAUCUCUUCCUGGCUAAAGUCGCCAUGGAAUGCGGUGUUGGGAUGUUUACAAAGACUGCUGCAGAAUAUGAUCGUCGCAGGGAAAACUUUUUCAAAGAGCUGGAAAUUGUUUUUGCUGAUGUGGUAAUGGCCAUUAUAGCAGAUUUUAUGCUUGUCUACCUUCCGGCUCCUACUGUUUCUCUCCGCGCCCCUCUUGCACUAAAUGCAGGACGCCUUGCUAAGUUUUUGCACAGUUGUCCCGACAAUGCAUUUCAGGUUGCUUUGUCUGGAAGUUCAUUCUCAUUGCUACAGAGAGUCGGUGCCAUAAUGCGAAAUGGAGCAAAGCUGUUUGCUGUUGGCACUACUUCGUCUCUGGUUGGUACUCUUGUGACAAAUGCAUUGAUCAAUGCUCGCAAAGCUGUCGACCAGUCUGCAGCAGAAGAGGUUGAGAAUGUCCCAGUGCUGUCUACUAGCGUCGCCUAUGGUGUCUAUAUGGCAGUCUCCAGCAAUCUUCGAUACCAAUUAUUGGCUGGUGUUGUCGAGCAACGUAUACUAGAGCCAAUGCUGCACCAACAGAAGUUACUUCUAAGUGCCCUCUGCUUCGCAGUGAGGACAGGCAACACUUAUUUGGGCUCAUUACUGUGGGUCGAUUACGCGCGACUUAUAGGGAUUCAGAAAGCUCAUGAAAUUGAAUCCGAGAUAGUCAGCCAUGACUCUAAGUGAAGGUAAGCCCCCUCCUCCGGCUUUCGAAAUCGCAAUUUGGGCACAUGUAGUGUAGUUGUUUGCCUGUUAACAAGCUAGUUUCAGGGUUUUAAAUAGUGUGUCCCCUUUGGUGCUUUGAAGUUGAGCAAUAAUUUAUGGAGCUCAAUAAGACUCAACUCAAGCUCUGCCUCUAUGAAUAAAUAUAUUGGUAGAAGUAGAAGUAUUUUGUAAUUUAAUUUCAAUGAGAGGCAGCAGCAGAAGAAGAAGAAGAAGAAGAGGAAGAAGAGUGAGAGAGUAUGUUUGUUGUUUUUUAUUAUUAUUAUUAUUAUUAUUGCGUAUUUGAUGAGAGGUUUGUUGAGCUUUUUUGACAUCGGUUCUUGUUCAAAGCAAUCAAUCGUUUUCGUA